GUCACUGAGCGAGUAGUCUGUUAGCGGAGUGUCUGACGAUUGGACGCGUGUGCGUGUGCGUUCCUUCGCGAAAUAUCCCAAAAGUGGCCCCGAAGAAAGACGGUUCUUGUUCCGGAUUCCAGUGAAAAAGUGGUUCCCGACGUUCCCUCGGUUCUGCGCGGUCAUAUCCCAGCUGGAUCGUAAGGAUUUAGUGCAGUUUUAGGCAUUUUUAUUUACGACGACAGAGUGACGGAUCCGUUCUAGCGGAAACAAGUGCAACCGAAGUGCUGGAGAAGAAGAAGACGGAUUAAGGUGGCCAAGUCAUCUGGUCCAGGAUUUUCCUGCCGUCGUCAACCUGAGAAGAGAGAGAGAAACGUGCGAAAAAAGUGCAGAGUCGUCAUUCUGAAGGAAGGAAAAAAAACGAGUGUAUAAAGAUUACCACACAGCGUAUUGGCAGGAAGAAGAAGCUCCAAGGAAUAAAGGAAGUGUCGUGACUAAGUGCGUCUCCCUGUGCGAGUGUGUGUGUGUGCGCGCGGAUGUGCCUUGAGCUGGCCAGUUUUUAGAAAAGGUCCCCUCCCUCAGGAAAGGACAAAGUGGGCGCAAAUGUGCUGAACCAACGGAGAAGCAAGAAGAGCCAGGACACCGCGACGAAAUGGCGUGCCUCAACACGCUGAAGCUGGAGAUCAAAACGCUGGAGCAGAUCUUCACCAAGACGCACGAGCGGUUCCGGAUCCUGAACGCCUCGGUGGACGAGCUGAGCUGCCGCUUCAUCGGUCGCAACGGCAAGCAGUACGACAUCCAUGCCAACAUUACGGAAACCUACCCCUCCACCCCGCCAGUAUGGUUCGCCGAAAGUGAAGAAACCAGCAUAACAAACGCGGUACAAACGCUCACAAACACCCGUGGCCUCGAUAAUCAUGUUAUAAAUCAGGUCGAAAUUCUCCUGCGGGAACUCUGCCGGUUGCACACAGUGCCGCUGCCGCCCGACCUGGACAACCUGUCGAUACCGUUCCAACCUCACGCACCCGGCCACCCCGCAUCGCACCACCACCACGGCCACCCGCUGCAUCCCCACCUGCAUCCCCAGGCCCAACAGCAGCACCAGCAGCAGCAACAGAUCGACGAGAUCGACUCGGACUGUGAUGACAUCGAGGAUGUGGUCGGCGAAAGUGACCAGGAAAGCGAAGGCGAGGAGGAUCUUCCGCUCGAGAUGGACGACGGCCGGAGUUCUGCCAAGAAGGACGAAAUGGGAGUUGAACACCUAGCGACGUUAGAGAGAUUACGACAAACCCAGCGGCAAGACUAUUUAAAGGGCUCCGUGUCCGGCUCCGUCCAGGCGACCGACCGGCUGAUGAAGGAGCUGCGCGACAUCUACCGCUCCGACUCGUUCAAGAGCAACAUGUACUCGAUAGAGCUGGUGAACGACUCGAUCUACGAGUGGAACAUCCGACUGAUGUCCGUCGACCCGGACAGCCCGCUGCACAACGAUCUGGUGCUGCUGAAGGAGAAGGAGGGCAAGGACAGCAUCCUGCUCAACAUCAUGUUCAAGGAGACGUACCCGUUCGAGCCGCCGUUUGUGCGCGUCGUGCAUCCGAUCAUUUCCGGUGGCUACGUUCUGCUGGGCGGUGCAAUCUGUAUGGAGCUGCUCACGAAGCAGGGCUGGAGUUCCGCGUACACCGUGGAAGCGGUCAUCAUGCAGAUCGCGGCCACGCUAGUCAAGGGCAAGGCGCGGAUACAGUUCGGGGCGACGAAGUCUCUUUCGCAGGGCCAGUACAGCUUAGCGCGAGCGCAGCAGAGCUUCAAGUCGCUCGUCCAGAUCCACGAGAAGAACGGCUGGUUCACCCCGCCCAAGGAGGACGGAUAAGCGGCAUCCGGUGUCCACCAAAACCACCACCACCACCAUCAGUACAGUACAGUACGAGCAGCGAGAAUCACUUUUAAAAACUACUUGCGCAGCAACUGCAACCGCUCUUCCGUCGAUUUUUUUUUUCUUUCGGUUUUUGAGAUUCAAGUGUUGGUAACACAAGAAGGCAAGCAUUACCCACUCACACACAGUUUACAAACGCGAUGCAAAAAACAAAGCAAAACUUACUAUCACAAAAACAAAAACAUUUAACUAUUUCUAUCAAUACAGCAAAGCAUAGCAAGAAGCAGCAAUUUUUUUAAGUUUUUUCUCGUUUCUUCAUUGUGUGGUGUGCUUAAAGAACAACAGCAACAGCAACAGUAUGUAGUAAGCAAAACAAACAAUAUACAUAAACAAUAGCGUGUAGCAAAGUAAAAAGGUAAAACAAAAAACCAUGCAGCGGUCGUCCAACUGUGUUGCAGAAUGAUUGUGUGCGAUUGAUGGUGAGUGAGCGAGCGAGCGAGCGUGAAUUUUGAGCGGAAUACUGAAAAUAAUCAAUAGUAGAUAAUACUGAAAUCGAGUGUUCGUUUAGCAAGAAAUAGGAGUGAAAAGAUAUUUACGUGAAUGUGUUGUACAUUUAGGACGGUAGAAACGACCAUACUUUCUGAUUUUUCCUUUAAUUUUGACAAAUUCGUUCGCUUCGGAAACGAUGGCGAAAUCAUAAGCUACAAACACACAACUACAAUAGAAGAAGCUUUUCUUCAAACAAAUUGUGUGAUUGCGUUAAAAAAUAUCAGGAUUCCAACCAAAUCGAGAAAAAUAAACAGUAGAAACCCCGACAACAAGCCACAUCUUAGAAGCAAAUCAGCAGCAGCAGCUUUCUCUUAAAGAGAAUGAUUAGAGUUAAUCCGACAGUUUUGCGCGUAGAAUUUAUGCCGGAUCCCAAUUUUUAUUUGAACCUCGACAGCAGAAUUAAAAUAACACUUAUUCUGUGGUCGUAAAAAAAGUAUGGUUUUGUUAAAAAAAAAAACUUGUAAAGAAACGACCGCAAACGAGUAAAAAAUAAACAUUGAAUGAAUGAAAGCGAGUAAAGAAACAAUCUUAAAACAUUGCUGCGAGCGUGAACAAUUGUAAAAAAAAAAACAACAUAAAUGAAUCCUUUCAAACUCUAACCGUGUAAAAUAAUUAACUUUUAUUCUCAGCAAAAUACACACAAACAAAAACACACUCUACAUUUAUAAAACAUUUUUUAUCAUUUGUGAAUGGAGGAAAAAAACACAGUAAAAAGAAGACGAAAAACUGCAUAACCAAUUCACCCAAACCCACACACCCACAGUCGUGUGCGUGGGCGGACUAUACGAAAUAAAGGAGGUAUUUCUGAUGAAAACAGAUUAAAAGUCAGCAAUACAGUGAAAGGCCGACAACAGAGCAGACAAGGCAAGUUUGUUUUGGUUUUUGUUCCCCUUGCUGGCGGCGCGACGGGAGUGUGGUGAGAUCAGAGUGGGUUAGUGAGCAAGAAAAAUCCACGCGAAAAGUAACGAUUAAGAAGCGAAGAGGAAAAAAGUUUUUCAUCAGACUGUGAAAUAUGUAACAUAGAGAGAAAGAAAAACAAUGAA